AUGAAGGACGAGAACUUUAUCCGCAAGGCCGACUACGCCAUGCUCGAGCAGCGGUACGGCCUUUGCAAGUACUACCCGUGCUACGUCCACAACCCGCUGAUUCUGACCCCCGUGCUCAAGGACUUGAUCAUCGACAAACCGCUUUACGCCGAUGCUAACCGCCGCAAGAAGAAGCGCCAGGAGCUUGCCCGCGAGCGCCAGAUGAUGGAGAAGCUCGAGAUGAUCAAGAUCGAGGAGCGCCAGCGGGACCGCGACCGCCAGCGGGCGUUGCAGAAGCAGGAACACCCACAGGGGCUCGAGUUCCGCAACCCGUUUGGCGACGGCAAGCUCCAGGUGAUGCUGGAGAACCCUGCCACCGACGGCCUGGCGGAGCUGGCGCUGCUGAGCCAUCCGCGCCUGCUGCUGGUAUUCUCGAAGCGGCACCACCUGAUCGCGCUGCGGUUCAUCUCGUUCGUCAGAGGGCCCUCUGACGGCGACGAAGUGACGCCGCCCAGCCUGCUGGGCCUGCCGCUGGGACUAGAAAUUACGGAAUCUGGCAAUGGGCCCACGCUACCGCUUUUGAGGCGGUCGAAGCUGUUUGACCAGACGAAACUGGCGCAAACGCUGUCGCGAAUGAAGGGGGUGUUCAAGAAGAAAUUGGGCAAGAUCGUGGACUGGCCGCGGUUGAUUCUCGCGUGCUGUUUCAAUACUAACAUGUUCAAACCAGAAGUCGUGAGCGAGCAGGUGACCAACGGCCACACCGGCGCCACCGAACACAUCCAGUACACCAAGCUGCAGAUGGUGGGCCACGGCCUGUUUGGCGUCGUCUUCCAGACGCAGAUCAUGCCUCUGAACCAGGUGUGUGCCAUGAAGCGCGUCCUCCAGGACAAGCGCUACAAGAACCGCGAGCUCCAGAUCAUGAAGCUCGUCCACCACCGCAACAUCACCGACUUGAAGUACUAUUUCUACACGCAAAACGAGAAGAACGAGGUGUUUCUCAACUUGAUCUUGGAGUUCGUCCCCGAAACGUUGUACAAAGCCAGCCACUACUACGUGCUGAAACGCCUUUACAUGCCCCCGUUGGAGAUCAAGUUGUACACCUACCAGAUGCUCCGGGCUCUUAACUACAUCCACUCGCAAGGGAUCUGCCACCGAGAUAUUAAGCCGCAGAACUUGUUGAUCAACCCCGACACGGGCGAACUUAAAUUGUGCGAUUUUGGCUCGGCGAAGAUCCUCAACCCGUUGGAGCCCAACGUCGCCUACAUCUGUCUGCGCUACUACCGCGCCCCCGAGCUCAUCUUUGGCGCCACCAACUACACCACCAAGAUCGACGUGUGGUCGGCCGGGUGCGUCAUGGCCGAGCUCUUGCUUGGCCAACCGCUAUUCCCCGGUGAGCUGCUGAUCGACCAAUUGGUGGAAAUCAUGCGCAUUUUGGGGCUGCCGCUGAAGGAGCAGAUUAAACACAUGAACCUGGGGUACCUGGACAACAAGUUCCCCCAAGUGAAGCCGACGCCGAUGCUGAAGAUCUUCAAAAAAGCAAGUCCCGACACCCUCAGCUUCUUGCUGAGAAUGUUGCAAUACUCCCCCAUCGAACGGGUGCUGUGCAUCGAGGCGAUGGUCGACCCUUACUUUGACGAGUUGCGCAACCCCAACACCAAGUUGCCCAACUACCGCAAGAUCUUUGCCCAGCAGAGCCACCUGAGCCUGGCGCUGUACCAGACGUACGCCGCCCAGCCCGACCUCAAGGAGUUGCCCCAGUUAUUCGACUUUGACGACCGCGAGUUGCUGGUGCUCCCCCAAGUAAACUCGAGGCUCGUCCCCGAGUGGGCUAUGGACCAGUUGCAGUUGGCCCGCGCCGUGCGCUCGCUCGACGACUUUGUGCCGUGGACGAAAGACCAGCUCGCGGUGACGCUAGACUAG